CACUCGAGCUCAACUCGACCCACAUUACUUCUUACUUCCUUUCCUAAAGCCCUACCACUAAACCCCCCAGUUCCGGCGAGUCCCCUGCUGUAGUUUUCCCGAACUAUUUGAAAAUGGCGUCUUUGAUCCCUGAAGCAGCUCAUAAGGUUUUCACACCCGAAACUCUUCGAUCCGCAGCAAAGCAAUCAGAGCGGAUACAUAUCGUUCCUGUUCGACUUCGUAGGGCCAUCAAAAAGAUCCUUAGAGAACAAGAGAAACCCCAUAUGAAGAGAAAGGUAUUGAGUUUGUCUGAGUCAUUCAGUGAAAUCAAGGACGUUAAUCUCCAGCUCGCCACCUCCACUUCAAAGGAACUCGUUGAAGACCCUCUCAAGUCCAUGGAGCGCUCAAAACGAUGGAAGAUCAAGACUUCUUAUGGUGACAUUGGUCUCAAGUACAGAGACGACGAGACUGUAGCGUAUGUUGCUUCUCGGAUGCCCGCCGUAUGCUCUGCCUGUCACAGAGUUCUCAGAGAGGUUCGUAGAAGAUUGCCGGGAUUUUCUCCAGCUAGAGUAUUGGAUUUUGGCUCUGGUACUGGUUCGGUUCUGUGGGCAUUGCGAGAAAUCUGGCCUCGUUCUUUGGAGAGAAUUAAUUUAGUAGAGCCGUCCAAAUCUAUGCAACGUGCUGGUCAGAGCCUUUUACAAGAUCUUAAGGACUUGCCCCUUAUUCACAGCUAUGACAGCAUUCAAGCACUAACUCAAAAUCUUGAGAAGUCUGAUAGAGAGCAUGACCUUGUUGUUGCUUCCUAUGUGCUUGGGGAGGUGCCAUCACUGAAGGACAGAAUUACUAUGGUUCGCCAACUUUGGGAUCUUACACGAGAUGUGCUGGUCUUGAUUGAGCCAGGAACACCACAUGGAUUUAACAUCAUAUCUCAAAUGCGAUCUCAUAUCUUAUGGAUGACAAAGAGGAAAUGCCGCAAAUCUGAUGAUGCAUGUAAUGAGGCUUCAAAGGACUUGGUGGGUCUCAAAAGUGGUGCAUUUGUAGUAGCUCCUUGCCCACAUGAUGGACCUUGUCCAUUGGAGAAUAGCAGCAAAUAUUGUCAUUUUGUUCAGCGUUUAGAGAGGACAUCUUCACAACGUGCAUACAAGCGGUCCAAGGGUGAACCUUUGCGUGGAUUUGAAGAUGAGAAAUUCUGUUUUGUUGCUCUAAGACGAGGACAACGGCCACGGGAGCCUUGGCCACUUGAUGGCAUGAAAUUUGAUACUUUGAAGGAACAACACGCUAAACGUAAUCCUGAAGAUCUUGAGAUUGACUUUGAGGACCAAUUCGAGUCAGAGGAUGAGGAUAUUCCAUACGAAGAAGACCCAGUUUCUUAUGACUCAGAUAUUACAGAGGUAGAUGCGAUAGAUGAACAUGAAGAGGAGGAAGAUCAGGAAGCAGCCCAUGCUGAUCUAGGGAGUGGUUGGGGCCGGAUUAUUUUCACUCCUGUUCGGAGGGGCAAACAAGUGGCAAUGGAUGUCUGUCGAUCGACCAAACGUGAUGGCUCAGAGGGGUCCUUUGAGCGUGUGGUCAUCACACGGAGUAAGAAUCCUACCCUACAUCGACAGGCUCGUAGGUCUCUUUGGGGUGAUCUAUGGCCCUUCUAGGUGUAAUGUUCUCUGUUGUUGAUGGCUGUCCAAUGUGUGGAAAUGUGAUGUAAAAGCCAAGUACCGAUAGUUUAUUGUUCUGAAGCUAAUUGAAGUUGAUAUUUUGGUCAGUUCUUUUGUUUAUUGUACAUCUCAUGAGUCAUGACAUUAGACAGUCGUAUGAUUGCGAUGUUUUGUACUUGUUUAUUUAUUAAUUUAUCAAUGAAAAAAGAGGGAAUUGACAGCUUGU